AUGACUUCAACUUCACCACUUGGAACCCAUGGAAAGUCUACGCAGAAUAGAUGUGCUCAGUAUAAUGGAACAUUUAAUCACAACCAAGAACAAAAUGGAGUUCAAACUUCAGAAAAACACAUGGUUUCUUUUUCUGAUAAUGUUAAAUCUGCAACGAUAUCAUCCGAUUCUAUACCUGAAGAAUGGCUUGUUGACUGGGACAGUGACACACAGGGUCAAGUUCUUUCAUCAUAUUUCUAUGGGUUUCCUUUCUUCUGCGUACUUGGCGGUUAUGUUGCUGGUAAAUACGGCGGGAAAAUAAUCAUGAUUAUCAUGAUGACAACGUUGGCUGUUGCUUCGAUUGGAAUCCCUUAUGCAGCUAUUACAAGUCCAUAUAUCGUUAUGGUGAUACGGAUCAUUGUCGGUCUGGCAUCGGGUGGUUUAGAGCCAAGCAUGAUGACAAUUAUAUCUAAAUGGGCACCAGUCGUUGAACGAUCACAAAUGAUAUCAACUGCUAUUGGAGGACAAAUUAUGGGGAAUGUUGUGACGUUUAUCUUCUCUGGCUUGAUGUGUUCUAUACCAUAUCAAAAUGGUUGGCCUUUUAUUUUUUACAUAUUUGGUGCACUGAAUCUCAUGAUAAUGGUAGUAUGGGUUAAAGUGGUUUACGAUCACCCUGAAGAUCAUCCAAAUAUGACAAAAGCAGAGGUAGCGUACAUCACCAGAGGGCGACGUGAUAGUGCAAAUGUCAAGAUGCCAGACCCCCCAUGGUUGAAGAUUCUGACCUCACCGGCCUUCUGGGCUAUACUGUCUGCACAUAUAUCAUUCGGAUAUAUCUUCACAACACUCGGAACUUUUCUGCCGUUAUAUAUGAAUGACAUAAUGAAAUUUGACACAACCAUGAAUGGAGUUGUUUCAUCUGUACCGUUUAUUGGUCGGUUGUUAGGGACAAUGGUGAGUGGGUAUUUUGCAGAUAAAUUUUAUGUGACAGGAUUAAUAUCGACACGAAGUAUUAGAAUUCUGUUUCAAAGUAUAGUGUACUGCUCCAUCUCUGUUUCAGGUAUGUUUUUGUCUGCUCCAUUCCUUAUUGGAUUAAGCUUUUUAGAUUAUACUCAGAGAGAGCUAGCAGUUGUUAUAUUAAUACUCUACUGGUUUGUCCAGGGUGCAUCGAGUUCUGGAUUCAGGGCAAAUCAUCUUGAUAUUGCUCCAAGAUAUGCGGGAGUACUCAAUGGUAUGACUAUGACAUGUGCAUCAUUAGCUUCACUUGUAUCUCCAUUGAUAACUACUGCUAUUGUCAAAAAUGGAACAAAAGAAGAAUGGCAGAUUGUUUUCAUUAUAUGUGCCGGAGUUGGUAUUGUAGGCACUAUUCUGUUUGACUGUUUUGCUCAAGGCGAGGAGCAAUCCUGGGCACAGGACCAGGAAAUCAAAAUAAAAACACCUCAGUCAUCUCGGAACGCAUCCCAAUCUAGUAUAAAUUACGAGGGAUAUAGAAUGGAGGAUGACAUUAUAAGAAUAAGAUUACAAGAAAAUACACACCAAACUAGGUGUGCGUCUCUAGAAUCAGAAGACAAAUUGAAGGACGAAACCAUUGGUAUUGACAACCACAAUUUUACAACCGAAGACGAUGAAAAAAAAAAUAUUUCAAACCAUGAAAAAGGUCAAGAUUCCAACCUUGCAAUUAUGAAUAAUUAUCCAACAAUUGAGGACAUGAUACCGUUGGAUACUUCCGGUAUUGUUUACAAAGAAGAAAAAUUUGUUGAAAUUGAAAUACCUAUCAAAAUUGAUGAUAAAUCAGCAUUUGAAAUUCGAAAUAAAAGCUCAUUUCAUCAUGAGUCAUCAAUCCAAAUGUCUGAUAGUAAUGGAACGCAAACUUUGCUAAAUAGAAAACAUCUGAAACUAUACAUUCCAAACAGAAAUGAAGUCAUCGAAAACAUUCCAAACAGAAAUGACGUCAUCAAAAGUACCCGGUUAUAGUAGCCACGUUACUUAAUU